GCAUCACUGAUCCGAUCCAUUGCAGUGAGUGAAGUAACACAACACAGGUCAUGUCUUGUCCAAAAGUGCCAACUGGCAACACACUGACUGCCACAUCCACUUAGUCUGACUAGCCCCGGUCGGUUGGACACAUCCCAUCCAUCCAGAUAUCCAUUCAUUCAAUUGACAUGCGUCAUAUCAGUCACGAUAUCACCCUCACGAACGGCCCCACUUGCGCCAGCUGGUAAGCCUCACACAGCACCUCGUGCAUCUCCCUGUGUCGCUUCAGCGUCGCCCUGAAACUGGCCGCCCACACAUCCGCAGCCCCAUGGCCAUUUCCGCCACCACUCGGUGACGAGGACUGCUGCAGGGCUUUCCACGCAUCGCAGAAGGCCACCACGUGCGCGGCACCGUACUUGCGGACGAGCCGCAGGAAACCAUACUGAGCUAUCAAGUGCUCGGCCAGGUCAACCUGCACACAUUAACCAAAUGAGAGAGGGAGGUGUGAGCAGAUGUCAUCCACCUGGUUGUCGGCCAUGGCUUUGAGAGUGGAUGCCCUGAACUGCUCGAGGAACAGGCCAGCUUGCACGUCGAGCUCAUCUGGGUAGGUCCUGAGCAGCUCGAGCAGGGAGGUAGCCGAGGGGAGGUUGCCCUCCCCGAUGGCCUUGGCACUCGCCACCGAGGCCUUGGUCCACUCCCUGACACAAACACACGCCACAGACAGAGGACAGAAAGGAGUGUAUGUGUGGGUGUGUGGGUGUGUGGGUGUGUGGGUGUGGGUGCUUACUGGAAGACUUUGAAGAGGGCCUGGUUCUUGAAUGCCUCCUCCAGCCGCUCAUAGCCAGCGAAGAACUGGAAGAAACACGCCACAUCAUCUGAACGACACACCACACACACAACGCUCACAUGAUAUCAUGAAUCGCAUGGCUUCCCACAUCUGUCUGCCAGCUUGUCGGUCUCUCUUACUUGCGACGGUUUCCCACAGGUCAGUGCCAUCCUUGUCCUUGUGUGCCUUGUCUGUCGCGGCUUGUUUGGCGUCCUCGAGCAGCCCCAGCACCACAAUGUCGGCCUCCAGGUCCACCAGACGGUUGAAAAACCGACCGUCAUCAAGCGAAUCCUGACAAGCACCAGCCACACAGAAUGCGAUGAAGGUCAUCCCUGUGUGUGUAUGUGUGUGUGUCAUGAGAGGUCAUCUCUCUGUCUUCAGACAUCUGACCCACCUGCACGUGCUGCAGCAGAUGGUCCGACAGGUACUGCCCUCGCACUCGCACGCUCCGCCACCCGCCACUCUCCCCUUCGCCCUCUCUCUCCACCACACCGCCCAUAGCAUCAUGCCCACCCAACGGCAGGCGCCUCCCGUGCACACGCCUCAGUGUCGGGUACAGCGACGGGAACCGCGGCAUGACCGGCUGCUGCUGCUGCUGCUGGCUGGCAUCUGUGUCUGUGUCGCUGUGUGGGGGAGUUGGGGUCUCGUGGGUCUCCCUGAAGUCCUCACAGAGGUCGUAGAAGGCCUUGCUGUCCUCCUCGUUGAAGAGGUACUGCGAGAGGUCCACCAGCAGCCAGUCGGCGCCAUGACUCUCACCACCCUCAGUGUCGCCAGCAGCACACGAGACUGCCACAGCCAGCAGCUCCUGGGUGUAGUCCUUGAUGGCAACGUCAGUAUAGAACGGCGCAACAUCUGCUGAUGUGGAUGCCUCGUCGGCCUCCUCCUCCUGCUGCUGCUGCUGCUGGUGGUCUCUCUCGCCUUUCCUCCUCAGACCGCCCUCAACCAGACCAUCCAACAGCCCCGCCAUCCUCUCCGCCCGCUGAGCUGGCUGCAGGGACCUGGCAAGCUUCGCCAGCUGCGCCCUGGCCUUCCUGAAUGUGAGCUGCUGCUCCAUGUGUGUGUCGCUGAGCCAGCUGGUGGAGGAGGCCUGUCCGAGGAUCUCCUGUGUCUUGUUGAGCAUGGAGCGGAUCUGCGCGUUGGCGGGCUGGAUUGCCAGGGCGGUGCGGAAGGCCACCUGGGCGGCGUGGAAGGACCGGUUGCGGAAACACGCAGUGCCCAGCCGAUGCCACGCCUGCACGCGCCCACCGACGGAACAACCAACACAGAUGUGGUGUGUGCGUUUGAUGAGUUCACCUUGAGGUUGUCGGGGUCUCUCUGGAUGGCCAUCUUGGCUGCCUGGAUGGCCUCGAUGGGCCGCAGCAGUCUCAGGUGCGCCUCGGCCAUGUUGGAGUAGAUCAGCCCGCGUGUGGCUUCAUCACCACCGUCGCUGUCGGACUGCAUCGCCACGCCCUGGGCAUAGAGUCUCAGGGCGCCCCCGUAGUCGCCUCGUGUGAAUGCAGCGUUGCCUUGUGCGCGGCACUCAUCGAUGGUUGACGGAAGGGGCGGUGCAACGAAUUCAGCUGAAGAUGACGUGUCCAUUGCACAGACAACAGUACCCAGACCGCAGAUCUGGAC